AUGGCUCGUCUAGACUGCAAGGAUGAAGCCGUCAGUGCCACCGAGAGCUGCUUGGGCGAAGCCCAGUUUCAAAAAGCGUACGCUCGGUACGUCAGCUUGUGCCGCACGACUGCGGCGGCUAUCCGCCUGGAUGGCCCGGACCAUGUGCUCCGCGCCAUAGGUGCUGGCAUGAGCAAAAUGUUACACAAGACGCCAACGCGGACCCUGCGGCGAUCUACUACCGGUUCCAGGGAGCCGCGGAAGCAUGCGCGGCUGCAGGCAGAACCGACUGUGCGGGUUGUGUGGACGCGCAUCUACAGUCGCCGUCCCACGGUUGGUUGCGGGAGAACUGCGGGCUGGUGUCACCGUCGGUUCCGUCGUAGCCACGUGAAGCACGAUGCUCCAUCACCCCCCGACUACAAUAUGACAGAUACGAGGCUUGUGGGACCCAUUGACGUUGAGACCCCGCCUGGAGCCGCGGCCGGGAUGCGGACCGAGCCAGGCCCAGCUCAAGCCGCGCGCCACAGCGCGAGCAGGUUGGGCCUCGAGGCCAAGCUUGACCUCAGGGCCAGACUGGGCCUCAGCUUUUUGGUUUGCACGCGCAGCAACUCCUCCCAAAACGCUGCGCAGGAGACGGCGCUGAUGGCGACUGUUCAGGAGAUGCGACGCCAGCCCGAGCAGGAUGAUAGGGAGUGCGCUGCGGAGCUGAGAAGUGUGAAGGAGGAGACAUCAUCGGUCUUCACCUUCAAUCUGCGGGAUGAUUUGCCCGUGUUCGGUGACGGAGACUCAGAUCUUGACAAACACUUGGAGUCUUUCCAGGACGUGUGCCUUGUGGUUGAGCCAAAGAAUGGUCGCGAGAAAUUGCAGUCCUUUGCCCGUGCCCUCAAAGGUACGCUUCGCCGGUGUUAUGACACCAUCGUAAAGGAAGCUAAGCUAAGUACAAUGGAGACUACGAGGGCAAACCCUCGCUGGUCUUUGGCGGGUCGUAGCGGCCAUGGAUGCUUCCUUCCACGAGUCAAACGAAGCAAAGGCGAUGAAGGCCAGAGCCUGCUACGAUGGCCUGGAAAAGAAGAGUGCGCGUUCCAGGAUUUCCAGGCGAGCUGGCUGGAAGCGCUCACUGAGCUGAACGCCGCUGGCGCGUACAAGUGCCAGAAGGACCUGCUUUACGACUAUCUUCACAACCUCCGUGAUGAAGCGUCAGGUGAUCGAAGAUUUUGGCCCCUCAGGCCAACUCCAGUCGUGAAGCAGGCUCUGGAAGCUCACCACACUAGCACCGAGGAUGCCCCUCCCCAGGGCCCAAAAAGGGCGAAGGGUCCAACACACACCACUCAGGCACAAGUGGCUCUGCCUAGCACAGGCAUUGGUGAGAAGCGCAAGGACGGCCCCGCCGGCCGCAAUACCCUGGCCGCUCAGGACCAAGACGGUACUGGGGGCGGGACAUCGAAGGGUAAGGGCAAAGGGAGGGGCGGUAAAGGCAAAGGCGGCACUGGCACCGACGCGCAGCAAGCCUGCCGACUUUUUGCUCAUGGUUGUUGUACCUACAAUGACAAUUGCAAGUUUGCUCAUGUCAAGGAGGGGGCGAAUAACCAGCAGGAAACGGCUGAGAGGACACUCACGGCCAAGGAAAAGAAGGCUGCAAGGAAUAAAGAGGCCAAAGCGCAGGCCAAAGCCGCUGCCGGCUCCGAUAAGCGCGUGUACCCACCAUUUGAGGUGGCAGCAAUGCUGGCGAGGGGGCUGUUGCGUACGACACUGCGCUACAGGUCGCCGAGCCCGCCUCAAAGUAGUGGAAGCGCUGGCCUGGCGCAGAAAAUCCACAAUGAACAGAAGACCACUGCGUCCGCCCCGUCACCGGGCUACAUGCCCAGACGAAGACCUCGUGCGCUGGGGUAUAGAGCUUGUGUGACUUUGCUUGUCACCGGUGCAACGCGCGGAUCGAUGCCUGAAUGGUUGUGCAACUGUUGGGCCGAAGGGUUUGCAGCGCAGCUCGAACGCGAGACCUUCCUUAGUGAUGGCACCGAGUUCCGAGUGGA